AUGGCGGCCGUGAUGGAGGGAGGGGGGACGGAGCGCGGAGCGGAGCUGGAGACGGAGUCGGGGAUGGAGGUGGAGACGGGAACGGAGCCGGAGCCGGAGCCGGAGCCGGAGCCGGGAACAGAGACGGACGCGGGGAUGGAGCCGGGAGCGGAGCCAGGAACGGAGCCGGGAACAGAGACAGGAGCGGAGGCGGGAGCGGAGCCAGAACCGGAGCCAGAACCAGAGCCAGGCCCGAGCGCGGGCCCCGUGCGGGCGGAGCUGCGCUUAUAUCCCAGCAUCUCCCAGUACCAGUAUCUCAGUGUGUCCCAGUCCCUCCUGGUUCCUCCCAGUCCCAGCAUCCCAGUUUCUUCCAGUCUCUCCCAGUACCAGUAUCCCAGUCUGUCCCAGGCCCCCCCAGUUCCUCCCAGUCUGUCCCAGUUCCAGUAUCCCAGCAUCUCCCAGUACCAGUAUCUCAUCUCAGCAUCCCAGUAUCCCAGUAUCUCCCAGUACCAGUAUCCCAGUCCCUCCCAGUUCCUCCUGGUCUCUCCCAGUCUCAGCAUCCCAGUAUCCCAGCAUCUCCCAGUACCAGUAUCCCAGUCUGUCCCAGGCCCCCCAGUUUCUCCUGGUCCGUCCCAGUCUCAGCAUCGCAGUAUCCCAGCAUCUCCCAGUCCCUCCUGGUUUCUCCCAGUCCCAGCAUCCCAGUUUCUUCCAGUCUCUCCCAGUACCAGUAUUCCAGUCUGUCCCAGGCCCCCCCAGUUCCUCCCGGUCUCUCCCAGCCUCAGCAUCCCAGUAUCCCAGCAUCUUCCAGUAGCAGUAUUCCAGUCUGUCCCAGUUCCUCCCGGUCUCUCCCAGUCUCCGCAUCCCAGUUUCUUCCAGUCUCUUCCAGUACCAGUGUCCCAGUCCGUGCCAGUCCCUCCUGGUCUGCCCCAGUCUCAGCAUCCCAGUAUCCCAGUAUCUCCCAGUACCAAUAUCCUGCUCUGUCCCAGGCCCCCCCAGUUCCUCCCCGUCCAUCCCAGUCCCUUCUGCUCUUUCCCCAGUCCCAGCAUCCCAGUUUCUUCCAGUCUCUCCCAGUACCAGUAUCCCAGUUCCUCCCAGUUCCUCCUGGUCUCUCCCAGUCACAGCAUCCCAGUAUCCCAGCAUCUCCCAGUACCACUACACCCAGUAGCCCAGUCCCAGGCCCCCCCAGUUCCUGCCACUGUGUCCCAGUCCCUCCUGGUCUCUCCCAGUCCCAGCAUCCCAGUUCCUUCCAGUCUCUCCCAGUCUCAGCAUCCCAGUCCCUCCUGUUCUCUCCCAGUCCCAGCAUCCCAGUAUCUCCCAGUACCAGUAUCCUGCUCUGUCCCAGGCCCCCCCAGUCUCUUCUGCUCUCUCCCAGCAUCCCAGUUUCUUCCAGACUCUCCCAGUACCAGUAUCCCAGUCUUUCCCAGGCCCCCCCAGUUCCUCCCGGUCUCUCCCAGUUGCAGCAUCCCAGUCCCAGGCCCCCCCAGUUUCUUCCGGCCCGUCCCAGUCCCUCCUGGUCUCUCCCAGUCCCAGCAUCCCAGUAUCUCCCAGUACCAGUAUCCUGUUCUGUCCCAGGAGGAGGCGGACGUGCCGCACGAGGAGCAGCUGCUGCGGGAUCCCUUCUCCGUGCGCAGUUGGCUGCGAUACCUCCGCGCCCGCCAGGGGGCGCCCCGCGCCCGCCUCAACCUCCUCUACGAGAGGGCGCUGCGGGAGCUGCCCGGAAG